AUGUCUUUACUUUCGAGAGCCGCUGAAAUGCUACCAAGCGCAUUGUCAACGCCCUCAAACACAUCAAACUCACCGCAACCACACAAACCCAAUGACGGUAUCACUAAUGGCGUUAUAGCGGCUGUGACUAUCGCAUCCGUUAUCCUCGUCGCUGCACUGCUCGCUAUCAUCACCUACGUUAUCCGCACACGCAGGGACAUAAUGGAAGAACGCAAGUCGACGCGUUUUGCCAAUUCGGUCGGUAAGAGGAAUGUCUCACCCACGCUUGAGAGUGCUAGGGCCAAGCUGCGUGAGAAGCUGUCGAUAGAUGUUCCAAUAAGCAGAUCUAACACCACGUCUUCAUUCGGCGACAAAGAUAAAGAUAAGGAUGGCAUCAGCGUUAGUGAAAGCUACGACGAAGAAGCAGAUUUCGGCAACUGGAGGGAAUCUGCACCACAACUGCUGCGUGGGUUUAGUAGCAACUCGGAGACCUACACGAAGCGUCAAUCUACAGCACCUUCGGCAACCUCACCAAUAUCACCAUUCUCAGAGAAGAAGACUGGUUCAUUCAUUUUCCCGCCAAUGCCAUCGACACCGACAUACAUUGACGAUCUACCUCAAUCACCACUUGAAAGCCCCACGGCAGACGUCCGCACGGUGAAACUGGCAUUCAUGCCGACCAUGUCGGACGAGAUAGCAGUGGUGACGGGCGACACAGUACUCCUUCUCAAAGAGUGGGACGACGGGUGGGCAUACGUUGUCAAGCUGAAUAAGGAGGGCGAAUUCAAAGAAGAGGGAGUAAUCCCGCUCGAAAGCCUAGUCGACAACUCACCACAGUCGCGUAACUUUGCACAAAGUGUUAAGCAGAUACCCUCGAGAAUGUCGCUGGUCAAACCAUCUAAAUCGAGCAUUGGCUCGCGCAGAAGCGGCGUGAGGAACAGCAGCAUUAGGGUAUGA